GCGCAUGGAGGGGUGUCUGUAGCUGGCUGCUGGGUGAAUUUUCAAAGGAAAUAAUCGGAGUAAACGUCGAUGAUGUGUUAUUGUUGACAUACAGAAAUUAUUUGUUUUGUGUUUGUGUUGCGUAGUGUUAAAAUAAUUGACUUUCCUAGUUUCGUUGCCUUUACUACCAGCUCAAAAUCUAUUUGUUGAUGCAAGAAUAAACUGUCACCGAAAGGUGUUCGCAGCGAAUGUAACACUCAAUCAUUACCGCCGCGCCGGCACUCGUUCGCUGCUUUAGUGUUCGACCAUCACCUCGGCUGCUUGCACGGGGUCUAGCGGACCACGUUUGAUAUCUCGGCAUCAAGAUGGUCGUGAGUGACGCGAGCAUCCACAACAUAAUGGGAGGGAUGGAGAGCACUGGUGGUGUGCGUCUCCAUAACCACCGAAGGAAACUGAAGCAGAGGUUUGACAUAAUCAAGAAGCUGGGGCAAGGCACAUAUGGAAAAGUACAGCUAGGCAUAAACAAGGAGACUGGGCAAGAGGUUGCCAUAAAAACUAUUAAAAAGGCGAAGAUAGAGACAGAAGCAGACUUGGUAAGGAUACGAAGAGAAAUUCAGAUUAUGUCAUCUGUGCAGCAUCCAAACAUCAUUCACAUAUAUGAAGUAUUUGAAAAUCGCGAAAAGAUGGUACUUGUUAUGGAAUAUGCUGCUGGAGGAGAAUUGUAUGACUACUUGAGUGAAAGGAAAGUACUUUCCGAAGAUGAAGCUCGACGAAUAUUUAGACAAAUAUCAACAGCAGUUUAUUACUGUCACAAGCACAAAAUCUGUCACAGGGAUUUGAAGCUGGAAAAUAUUCUUCUGGACGAACAUGGAAGUGCAAAGAUUGCAGAUUUUGGUUUAUCGAACGUCUUUGAUGAGCAAAGGUUGUUGAAUACCUUUUGUGGCAGUCCUCUGUAUGCUUCACCAGAGAUUGUUAAGGGAACUCCUUACCAUGGCCCUGAAGUGGACUGCUGGUCACUCGGUGUUCUAUUAUACACAUUGGUUUAUGGAGCAAUGCCUUUUGAUGGCUCCAAUUUCAAACGUCUUGUGAGACAGAUCUCCCAAGGAGACUACUUUGAACCAAAGAAACCAUCACCUGCAUCACCUUUAAUUCGAGAAAUGCUGACUGUAACACCUGGUCGGAGAGCUGACAUUGAGAAGAUAUGUUCCCAUUGGUGGGUGAAUGAGGGAUAUGGAGAGUCUUGUUUAGAAAUAGCAGAAGAACUGGCGAACCAAACACCUGUUCGUCUGGAUCUCUUGCUGUCACUAGCACCACCUGCACCAAAUGUUGGCAGUGACAAGUUGUUAGUGGGAGCUGAACAGGAUGGAGGUGCUACUGGUAUGGGAAAUGAUGUCUUAACAUCAGUACCAGCCCGCUGUCAUUCUGUAGGCAGCCUCAUGGAACUUGACCAUCGUCCAUCAGAUGUUAUUUUGGAAGAUGUUGCAGGCAAGGAUACAGCAAAGAGGAAACUUGAAGGAGGUAUCUCCACAGAAGAAGCAAAUCGGGGUGCAUCUAAAAGGAAAGAAAGAAGUAGACGCUCAACUCGUGAACGAAGCUCAGAACGACACAGAGGUCGAUCAAGUAGUAGGAGUAAGCAGAAAUCUGAUUCAGUAUCUACUGAGGAGCCAAUGGAAGUGGACUCUGGAGUUGUGGAUGUUGAUCGUUCCCUUCAGGGAUCUGUUGAAACUAUUGUUGGGUCAGUGAAGACAGCCACAUCUAGUGUAGACACAAUUGCUGGCAGUAGUGUUCAAAUGGAUGAAGGUCUGGAGACUAUGGCCAGUAGUACACCAAAGAACAGGACAGCCACAGAUUUGGUUAAAGAGUUGGAAGAAAGUGAACCCCUUUCACCAGAAAAUGAAUGUUCUGCAAAGCCACAGGACAAUGUACAAAUGCCUGAUGAUGAAGGGGAAAGUGCAAAAAUUAAAGUGAAGCGGAAAAAGAAAGUAGUGAGUGAGAGUAAAGGUGUAGCUGAGGAUUCGGGGCCACAGGUGAUGGACCAAGUAAACUUGGAAAGUGUUUCUGUGUUGGACAAUACAAAAGUUCCUACCAUAUGUGAUAAUGUGAAAAAUGACAGCUCUGUUACUUUGGAAGCUGCCUUGCAGAACAGUCUGAUAGGUGAUCAUAUAAAUGCUGAAGUUAGUGAAACAGCAAGUUCUGUUGGAGAGUUAGAUGUGAAUGGUGUUAGUAUAAAUGGUACAUCAGCUGCUGUGAGUCCUCCCGUUGAUAUUCCAAAGAAGAUUGGUACCAAAACAAGAAGAAGUAAAGGUGAACUUAGUUUAGGGAAGUUGGGCUCAGGAUCAGAGAAAUCAUCUGGUGCAAACACGCCUGAGGAUACAGCCUCACCUCCUUCGAAACCAAUGGAACGGAGACGCUCAAAAAUAUUUGAGACAGCUGAAAAAUUUAAUAUGUUAGCAGGUGCUGAACCAAAAUCUCCUACACCUGAAAAAGCAAAGAAAGUGUUCAUACCUGGCGUGAAAGUUAGUGAUGCAAAAAGAGCAUUUGAAAAGAAAUCAUCAUCUGCUGUUUCUGUACCAAGCUUAGCAAAAUCUUCAUCUUCUAAGAAGACUGAAGAUUCAAAAACUGAAAUUUCUGACAUAGAAAAUUAUGAAUCAACAGUAGAAGAGAAUAAUGCAUUUUUGAACAACAAAGAUGCACUUCCAAUAACAAAAGCAAUGAAUGGUGAAGAAGAAAUUGUUGCAGUACAAAAUGAGACAAAUGCUGUUAUAAAUGAAACAAGCAAGAAACUGUCCGAUUUGGAGCUGAAUGAUCAGCCUGUGCCAUGUGUAAACGAAUCUCCAGCAGUAUUACAAAAAGAAGACUCACUGAAAUUCAUUCCUCCUUUGAAAACAUCCGAGAAGCCCAACAAACAAGAAGAAGCCCGAAUAAAAAAGCUGAAAGAUGCUGUUGAAAUAAUCAGCAAUGCAAUUACUGAAGGACAUCGUAAAGAAGCUGGAGCAGAUAACACGAAGAAAGGGACAGCCACAAAGCCUCCUGUACCUGUUCCACAGGAGCUUAAAACAAAGACAAAAACAAUUAACAUUACAACCCCACUUUCUCCGAAGUCUCCUCCCCUGUCUCCUGUAGAUCUUCAGACUGAAGUUCCAGAGAGAAGAACAGACAAAGAACCUGAUAGUAAUGAUUAUGCUUCUGGGAUGAACACUGAUGCUGCAAAUAGAAAGAAAUCCUCUAAAGUAGAAAUAACACUGAAGUCAGCAACAUUACCAAGGAGGAAAACCUCAAAAGCAGAGAUUCGACUGAAUUCACCCAGUAUUGCACCUGCUGGUUUUCAUACUGAGGUAUCUCAUAUGAUUGAGCCAGCAGAACUGACUUCUCAGAGAUCUGAAGCAGCAUUCCCAGUUUCUGUUGCUGCACCUAAACAGCCACCUAGAUCAGUUUCUCUGGAGCCUGAAGGAAGAAUCAGCAAGCCACGAGAACACAUCAUUCCUAUUCAUGUGGAGGAAGGAAAUGCAGUGCGGCCACCUGUACCCCCCACACAGCAGCGAGUGUAUACUUCUCAGAGAUCUGGGAGCCUAUCUCGUCAGAGCACUCAAGAUUCAGAUACGGACAGUACUGUAUCAGUUGGGCCAGAACCUAUCAGGAAAUCUCCACGUGAAUACAUCAUUCCUAUAGCAGUAGAAGGUGGAGGAUAUGUUACACCAAGGGCUGGUAGCUUGGAGCCAUCUAUUUCAGAUGAAAACAACACCAAACCUAGACAACGGAAGACAAGUCGAUUUGGUAGACACCGCAGAAUGAGCGGGCUGCUCAGUGAUGCUAGUGAGGAUGAAGGGUUUAAUAGCCCAUUUGCCACACUCCAACGUCAUAGCUCACUGAGUCGAGAUAAGGAACCUGAAACACCUGAAGAAGAGAAAGGCGCAUUCCACAUGCACAGACUUAGAAGCUCCAGGCCAAAUAGAAGUACACUAGAACGUAAUGAUAGCCUCAGUUCUGCAGAAGAUGAUGACGAUGAUGAUGGCUUUGAAAUUCUUACUGCUGAAUCCUUAUUCUCAACUCUAUUGUCAAGGGUUCGUAGUUUGACACAGCGCCUCAAUGUGGAAGAUGGUGCUCGACCAGGUUUUCCUACCAGCACUCUGAUGAGUCAGCUAAAAAAUGUUGGUCGCACACCGCCUUCACGUUUCUGGAAUAGCAUGGGAGAACCACUUUCAAGCUAUCGCUUAGUGUAUGAGGAGAAGAAGAUAUCUAAAUUGGAGAGGCUCUCAGAAACUUCACAUUUUUCAAGACCUUUUAGUCGGGAUCAGGAUAUUCCAUGGCGUCGUAGUGCUAGUCGAGAUGUGUCCGACUCUGGUAGCGUGUACAGUGACAACAGUGGAACAGUCCCAAGAGAGCCUGCUGUCUAUGAGGUGCCUAUUGUUUUGAAGUAAACCAUUGUCAUUACACUUACCCAUACCCAGUGUGAAAGCAGAACUAGAGAUUCUGUGAUGAUACAUGUUAUUAAUGUUGUGUGUGUAUUGUUAACAGUUUAAAAAAACACUAAUUAGAGAUUUUUGUAAAAAAAAUGUUUGUUGUGCGUUGCAGAUUAUUAACACUGUAAUGAGAGAGAUACAAAUAACAUGCCUGUGAUAUUAAGUAUAACGUAGAUGUUGUCUGCUAUAAAAUGUGUGUUGCAGUUACAAAUUUGUCAUUGUUAAAUGUUUUGAAGUGAAAUGUGUGUUUAAAAUAACACAUUUUUAAAAUAAUUAUUUAUGUUGUUGAUGAAAUUAUAUGAGUCUGUAUGGACAGUGCCAAAGAGACCCCAGCAGGUAUGUUAUUUAGCCUUGGAGACUGUUACAGGUUAGUAGCAGUUCGAAAGUCUUAUUCAACUUUUACUGGUGUGCAAAAACCUAAAAGCCAAACUGUGCCACUGUUGGGGGCUUUUUUAAGGCAAAAAGAAAAAAAAAUGUUCGUCAGUAUUAUGGCAUUGCCUUUUAUAAUAAAUGCAGACUGUAGAUAGAAUUAUAGAAACUUUAAUUAGUACACUCAUGCAAAUUAUAUAAGGAAUUAGUAGCUAUUAUCAAACACUUCCAUAGUAUUAUAAACCUGUUGCCAAGCAUUAAAGUGAUGUGUCAAGUGCACUCUUGUUCUACAA